CAGGGUCCGGGGGACCGAUACAGUGACUGUGGGGUUCGGGAGGGACCAGAUACAGUGAAUGAGGGGUCCGGGGAGAGCGGAUAUAGUGAAUGCGGGGUCCGGGGAGAGCGGAUAUAGUGAAUGCAGGGUCCGGGGGGAACCGGAUAUAGUGAAUGCAGGGGUUCGGGGGGAAACCGGAUAUAGUGAAUGCAGGGUCCGGGGAACGGAUAUAGUGAAUGCAGGGUCCGGGGAAACCGGAUAUAGUGAAUGCAGGGUCCGGGGAGACCGGAUAUCGCGACUGCGGGGUCCGGGGAGAGCGGAC